CCUCCCCGAAAACAGCGGAGGAGCAGGACGGCGUUCACGGAGGAGCAGCUGAAAGUCCUGGAGACCACUUUCGAGAGGACCCAGUACCCUGACGUGGGCACCAGGGAGCGCCUGGCGGUGUUUGUCAACCUUCCGGAAGCCCGGGUUCAGGUGUGGUUCAAAAACCGCCGAGCAAAAUUCCGUAAGGGCCAGGUUGGGCCGCUGCAGAAAUCCCACCACGCCGAGUCCCUGAAUGCUACUGGGAAAGGAACAAGAGGAGAAGAUGGAAUGGAAGCGAACCAUCCGCAGAGGUCCUGGGUCCCGCCUGCAUCCAAGAGUAGUGCAUUGGGUAGAAAAUGGUUUGCCGUCUCCGUAAUGAAGAAUAGCGCAGAAGUCCCUCUACAAUGUCUUUCGGGGGACAUUUUGAGAGUACCUGGAACUUGCCCCCUGGAUGUUGGAUCAGCACAGAGAGAGAUCAGGAGGAGGCAGGUUUUGGGACUGUGCUAUGGGUCACCGUUGCCUUUGCAGGCUCCUUGGCUGUCUGCUUAG